GCCGCUUCGAAAAAUACGAAAACAGGAAUUCGUAUUACGCAUACGUUCAGUUCGGCGAAGAAAGAAUACCGUUCGUACAGGCAGAGUCGUCUAGUACGGUGGCGACCAUUACGGCGUCGUUCAUUACGUUUCCAGCAAUCAGACGGGCAGCAAGUGUCGUGGUUCAAGUGCGGCUAACUCAGUAAUUUACUAACUUGGCUUGUUUUGGUUUCUAGUCGUAUAUUGGCUUAUUGACAAGUGUUUGUUUUGGACACAAAAAAGCAAGACAUUCAAAAAGAGAACUAUUAAAUAUUAAAUAGAAACAUAAACUAUAAACAGUGCUAUCUUUGUGCAGUGUUUGUCCCCUCCAGCUUAUUGAAGUUAAAAAAAUUCAAACUAAAUUCGAAAUCGGCCAAGGAAAGUGCUAAAGUUCAUCCCCUCACAAAACAAAUUACAUAAAAGGGAGUAUUGUAUGUGAAGACCCCCUUAAAUAACCCUCGAAAGUGUUUCAAAAGUGUUCAAAUUUUACAAUUGUGUCACCAGUCUUCUCAAAAAAUAUAAAAUAAACUUCCCACAAAGGAACUGUAAACAUCGUCACUAUUAUUACAAGAAAUAUUUACAAAGAAACCCCUAUCCAGAGCUGAAGCAUCUCAGAGACCGUGGUUCCAGUCCUCUACCAUCAGAAGUAUCUUUCCGAAAGACAACUGCAACUGCGAGGCAUUAAAACAGCGGCAACAUCUUGUGGCGCUCUUUUUGGUUGUAGUUUGUUGUUGUUUUUGGAGGUCCGUCCAUGGGCGCCGCGGCAUCCAGAGUCCGGUGAAAAUGGACAAAGGCCGUGGGAGGCUGCCGCCGAAUUAGCAGUGCUGGAAGAAAGUCCACACACGACGAGUGCAAAUAUUUGCUCCGAAGACGAGCUCCCCUAGAAGGAAAGGAAAGAAAGGAAUCAGGACAAAGCCUUGCCGGAAUAGUGAGCGGCAAUAGGAAAGGAAUUAGCCAUAAAAGCAGGCCAUUAGGACAGCCAGUAGAUCCCGCUCCACGGCUAUUGACUCUUGGUCCACUUAAAUGACCGAGUCCACCCAGUUGCAGACGGCGGAGAACAACAACGCGGGCGUGGUGAAAAUGGAGCCCCCGCCGCCGGCGACCUCCUCCGCCUCCGCAGCUGCCGCCGCCGCCCACGCCCUCUCCUCGCUCUCCUCCUUGUCGAUGGCGGCCACCGGAUCCGCCCUGUCGCCAGCCACGCCUCCACCCUCAUCGCUUAACCUUUCGGCCCAAAAUCAACAGCAGCACUACGCUCUGAAAUGGAACGACUUCCAGUCCUCGAUACUCAGCUCGUUCCGCCACCUGCGGGACGAGGAGGACUUCGUGGACGUGACCCUGGCCUGCGACGAGCGCUCCUUCACCGCCCACAAGGUGGUGCUGAGUGCCUGCAGUCCCUACUUCCGGCGGCUGCUCAAGGCCAAUCCCUGCGAGCAUCCGAUCGUUAUCCUGCGGGAUGUGCGCAGCGACGAUGUUGAGAAUCUUCUGAGCUUUAUGUACAAUGGCGAGGUGAAUGUCAGCCACGAGCAGUUGCCCGACUUCUUGAAGACCGCCCAUCUGCUGCAGAUUCGCGGCCUGGCGGAUGUCAACAAUGGCGGGUAUCCCUACUCCAAGGCCCUCUCGGCUGCCUUGAGCCACAACAACAAUAACAACAACAGCAGCAACAGCAACAACAGUCUUAACAAUAACAACAACAAUAACAUUAAUGAGAACAGCAAUCAGACCAAGAUUGGAAACUAUCUUCCGGCCUCUCAGUCGCAGAACAGCAACAACAACAGCCACAACAGCAGCAGCAGCAACAACAACGGCAGCAACAGCAACAACAACAGCAGCAGCAACAACAACAACAGCAGCGGAUCACUAAACAGCAGCCUGAACUCGCCAUUCAACGCGCCGCAGGUGCCCCCUGCCGUGGCAGCAAACAGUGCUGCAGCGGCCGCAGCAGCGGCUGCCUCACUGACCGCCGCUGUUGCAGCAGCCGCCGCCGCCAGUAGCGCGCCCAGUGGUGUGGGCGUGGCAGGAGGCAGCGGCACGCCCGCCAUCCAGGAGCUGAAGGCCUCGUCGGCAGCGUCGCCCGUAAGAAAAUCCAAUCCCAAUCCUGUCAAAGCCAAUAGCAACCACUGGGACCUGGGCGAGAUGGAGGGCAGCCGGAAGAGCCACCUGACACCGCCGCCCCAGAAGCGCAUCAAGAGCGCCGACCUGUUCCGAGCCCAGCACGGCAUCAGUCCGGAGCGACUGCUGAUCGAUCGCGACUUUCCGGUGGCCGGACAGCAUCCUCUGACCCGGAACCGUAGUGGCAGGGACACGUCCAAGGAUCGAGAGCGCAAUAUGGAGCUAAGAGAAUCAUUGCUGGGACAGGCACUGGAGAAUAGCAAUGGACAGCAGGCCAAUCAGAAACACGAUCUCGGACAGAGUGCCGGCGAGGACUCGAACAGCAGUGAUACGGAGCCCUCAGAUCGGGGCGAUGGCCAGCACGAUGGCACCCUCGACGGCAUCGACAAUCAGCGCUCCCACUCGUUCCCCAAUGCAUUCCUCGGCCUGCAGGGCAUACCCGGCCUCCUGCCGGGACCCUCUGGCAUUGGCAGUGAUUUCGUUUCCCGACGCUCCCUGGAGAUGCGCGUCCGCGCCACCGAUCCCCGUCCCUGUCCCAAGUGCGGCAAGAUCUACCGCUCCGCCCACACGCUGCGCACCCAUCUGGAGGACAAGCACACCGUCUGCCCCGGCUACCGCUGCGUCCUGUGCGGCACCGUGGCCAAGUCCCGGAACAGCCUCCACUCGCACAUGUCGCGCCAGCACCGCGGCAUCUCCACCAAGGACCUGCCCGUCCUGCCCAUGCCCAGCGCCUUCGAUCCGGAGCUGGCCUCCCGCCUCUUGGCCAAGGCCGGCGUGAAGAUCUCUCCGGCAGAGCUGCGGGCCCGUGCCUCGCCCACCGGCGGCAGCGGCAGCAGCGGCGGAGGUGGCGGCGGUGGUUCCGGCAGUCAGAGCAAGCUCGAUCUUAGCAACGCCAGUGGAGGACCCCUGGACGAUGCCGAGGACUCUGACGACGAUCCUGAGGACCUGACCACGGGCAACGGACUCUACGGCAUGGGCGGCAGCAGCAGCGAUCUGAGUCGCUACCACGAGAGCCUGCUGAGCAACUUCGGCCACGCCCGGAUGCGCAACGAGGCGGCGGCUGCGGCAGCCACGGCAGCCGCCUUGGGCCAGCAGCCCAAGGACCUGGGCGUCCAGAUCCCCACCAGCAAUGCUGCGGGCCAGUCCCUGCUGGACACCUAUCUGCAGUUCAUCACAGAGAAUUCAUUCGGCAUGGGCAUAUCCCAGGAGCAGGCCGCCGCCGCUGCCUUGCGCGCCAAGAUGGCCCAGCUGAAUGCCAUGGGCCACAGCCUAGAGAGCCUGCCGCCGGGCCUCUUGCCCGGACAGUUCGACCUGAGCAAGCUGGCUGCGGGUAAUCCGGCCUUUGGCCAAGGCGGACCCGGAUUGAGCAUCGAGCCCAUCCUGCGCCACGACCAGAUCGCCGGCAGCCUGUCCCCGAACGCCCACGGCCCACUGGCCCUGAACUCCGGCACCGGACACCGGAUGCAGGGCCAUGAUGAGGCGGCAGACAACGAUGGCGGCGAGAUGCGACGCGACGGCUCCGAGCCAAUGGAUCUGGGCCUGGACAACAACCAGUCGGGCAGCAAUCACGAGGUGGCCAACUCCGAUGCCGAGGACAACUACUCCGAGGACGAGGGUGUGCACAACACAUAAGAGAGCACGCCAGUGAUGCCGAGGACGACACUAAGACCACGGACAUGAACCAGGACAGCACAAAUGUAUACCGAUUACCCAUGGAACACAUGUAACGAGUAGCCUUAUCCUCAUGUAUACCAGUUUUUGUGUACGAUACGAUACGAAACAAUACGAUAGUGAAACCUAGGACUAAACCAUAUAUUGCGCUAGUAGAAUUCAAUGUUGUGCUUUUUAAACUAAACCUAUACGGAUAUACAUGAUGGCCUGUAGGCCUAUAUGGUAUGUUUACACAUACACGAGUACCUGCUGUUUAUACAGGUCGGGGAAGGACAACAGACAGGAGUAAAGAUCAUUAAAAGCUAAAGCCUAGAUUGUUAAGUUAGAUUUCACAUUGAAAGCGAAGCCUGUAAAUACAUAACUACCGAGUUUAGAAAGGAGCAGCAGAAGCCCCCAAACAAUCCGUCGCAUUUAAAAUAGAAAGGGCAGUGCGGAUAAUUCAGAUGUGCCAUGAUGCAUGCCACCAGCCAGACAGCAGACAGCAGACAGUAGCCUUCCAGUUCCAAGUCUAGCCACUCCAAACACUCUCUCUCUCAGGAACUCACGCGGUCAACCGAACUACCUCAGCCUCAGACUCGCAGGAGCUGAAACCCUGAAACGAUACCUUCCACGAGUUGUCCCAUCCUUGUCUCCGGAAAACUUGCCAAUUUUCAAAUAGCACAUCAUACGCGUACGCGUAUGUGCCUAGUUUUAGGGAUCAGCAUAAAGGAAUACUAUACUUGAUUAUUUAUACAACUGGGAAUGCCUGUACUUAUUUGUCAGAGAGAAUUGAAUACCUCAGCAUACUCAGCAUUCGGUCAUGGAUCCAUCCCGUUCCAUCCGCUAUCCAAUGCGAAUCACAUGCAUUAGAGUACAUAUACUACCUAUAUAAUAUAUUUAAAAUAAUUAAAAAUAUACAUUAAUUAGAGUUAGGUAAGCAAGACAUAGAUAGAUGUAACCACGCGUUUCCUGUAUGUAUUUAGUUUGAAUAUGCCUCAGUUUAUCCUAGGUUUAUGGUUAGCUUCAAUCGAAGAUGAGCAGUUUGACGGACGGACAGACCGAGAGACUCUACAAGAGUCGCCUACCACUUGCCUUACGACCAACAUAUGUGUUACUUUAGUAAUUUUCUACCUCAAUUAAUUUAAAUGUAAUUUACCUGGAUAUUUAUUUGUAAGUCUUGCAAUAUCGCUUGCACUCUCUGGACACUGUAUGAAUUCAUUCAAUAAGGACCUAUCUGUUAUCCUUUUGUCCAGUCACCAGAAAAAUGAAAUAUGUAUGAAAUAAACAUGAUCCUAAGUACAUGCGAGUAUGUUUAGAUUUUAGUUUUUAAUCCUCGGUUCUAGACACUUUUCCCUCCUCCUCCCACACUCUCGCCCAGAUUUUCGGCGCAGGGGGAGUGCAAUAGAUUGCAUUUUCCUAGGCUUGAGAUGCAUUUAAGGCUAAUGCAAUUCGGUUAAGACGUUAGUUUAAAAAUGAAAUGAAAAACAAUUAGUUAAAAGUCGUUACAUAAGCAAUAUAAGUAGACAUCCAUGUGCUUAGAAAGUUAUAAAUAUUUAUUGACACUACAAUAAAGCCGCGUUAUGAAGAACAA